CCCGGAAGUUGUAUGCGCGCGCAUUCCAAACCAGAGGCACCGGCACUUAACGCAUGCGUAUUGCGGCGGCGCUUCUUCAGUCGGGCGGUGACAAUCGGCUAGCGGUUGCCUUGGUAACCGUUGUUAUGGAUGCCUAGGACGCUUCAGGGGGCCCAGCGGCACUUAACGGGCAAAGGCUCGUCUUUUUGCGUCUUAGACUUGACCGAGGACGCUUCGCUUCGCCUCGCCAUGUCUGACUUCACCACCAUUAGGCGCACAGGGCUGCCACGUGCCGUCUUGCGGUGGCUACAGAGCCUCGACCUCACCGUCUCGCCCAGGCACUUCCGUAGGGAUUUUUCAAAUGGCUAUCUCAUUGCUGAAAUAUUCUCUUGGUAUUACCCAGAAGAUAUUAAAAUGCAUUCCUUCCAAAAUGGGACAUCUAUAUCUGCCAAACUUAGCAACUGGUCACAACUUGGAAAGUUCUUUGCCCAGAGAAACCUGAAACCCAUUCGAGAAUUAAUUGAUGGAACAAUACAUUGUAAACCAGGAGCUGCAGAAGUAUUUGUACAAGACAUUUAUACAAUGCUAACAAAUAGGCGGAUAAAGCACAUUCAGGAUGAAGAAAUUGACUUUUCAGAUCGCCUUUACCAGGAUAAGUUACCAAUGGUUGCUAGAUCAACUGCUUCAAGGGCUAUUAAAACCAAUAUUAAACUAACAGAAAUAAUGGUGGAGCCCAACAUCAACAAAAACAGACAAAAAAUUAAUGCCAUAAUCAAUUUGCAUCUGCAGCGAAGACGUCUGGAAAGGGAACAGUACCCAGAACGGUUUAAUAUUAAACCAACUCUGGGAGCACGUGCCAUUCGUCGUCCUUCUGCUGUGAGUGACAGCAUAAUUAAUCUUCCAAAAGAUAAAUGUAUCCGUGUAUCAAGUGCAGCAUCCACAGAAAUCAGAGGCAAAACAGGUGUACAUUUCAAAACCAUUCAAGUGAAACAAGCCGAGAGAUGUCCCUUUGAUGUGAAUUUAAAUGUGGGUACAUAAAUUAAAAUACUUUAAUUUGCCAAAGAGAUUUGGAAACUUGAUUAAAUGAAAGUCUUAUGGCCAAGUUUCUGUACCCUGUUGGAAAAAAUGCAUCUGGGCUAGAAAGCUGCAAUACAUGACCAGUGCUUCUUAUACACAAUUAUUUUACAGGAAUCUUACAUUUUAGACAUGUUCCAGUGGCGAUGCUGUUGUUUUUUUUUCCUGAGGUAGUUGAAUAAAACUGAUUCUUAGGGUGAA